AUUGUGAGGUUAAAUAUUAUGAGAAAAACGCAGCAAGAGUAUCGUUUCUGUAGAAGUCCAGACAGCACUUUAUGUUUUUGAGGGUAGAAGUUAAAAGGCCGAAAAAGUGAAACAGGUUGGGUUGUUAUGUAAUCUGUUGAAACUCACUUCUGAAGAAAUGUGUUGAUGCUGGCCGGCAGGCUGUCAGGACAAGAGAGAUCAUAUGCCUAAAAGAAAAGAGAAGAAAUGGGAAGUGAUAUAUUGAAGUAAACACUGAAGUUUUAGAGAUUCAAUGGCAAACCAGAGUAAAUGCCCCAUCUCCUGACACGCACCUUGUGAAUAUCAUGGAUUUCCAGAAAUUUGGCUUGCAAAGCAUUCUUAAAAAGUAAGAUUUGGCUCCCAAGCCUGGAUUGUCUUCAUUGGUUGCCAUAAUGGCUAGCAAGAGGAAAUCCACUACACCUUGCAUGAUACCAUCAAAAACACUGGCAUUGCAGGAGUCCCAGCUAACCUCUGUUGCAGCUGACAAUGAAGGAGCCCAGCGCCCUGUUAUUCCUGCUAUUUUGCCUGUUAGUGAUGCUGUGAAUAGUAAUCACAAUGGUGGGACAUUGUCCAAUGGACAUAAUGGUAUUAUAGAUGGUGAUACCUACAAAUGUACGUAUUGCAAUUUUGGCUCUCAGGAUGUUAAUCAGUUCCUUGCUCACCUUGAUUCUGAGCACAUUGACUUUAGCAAAGGCCCUUCCUUUGUGUGUGUGAAAUGCAGCUUCCUGGUAAAGAGCUACAAAGAGCUUACUUGUCACAAUGAAGAAACCCAUGCUGGGGAAACUAGCUUCACCUGGAAUGUGGUGAAGCAAAGCAAUCAGACAAUUGUGAAACAAACCAUUGGCACUAACAGUGGCAAUGAAGACAUUUUGGGGGACCUUCCUGAGGAAGGUCAGGAUAAUCAGGCUGAAAUCAUCAUUACCAAAACACCAAUUAUGAAGAUAAUGAAAACAAAACCAGAAGUUAAAAAAAUCCACAUGCUGAAAGAACAUGUGCCUAGUAAACCAGUCAACAAUUUGGAAACAAAAGGUGGGGAAGUACCAUUUGCCAAUGGAUCUGGGCCUGUGAGCCAGUCAGCAACAGGCACAGUCAGAUCAACACAUGUUGUCAAUGGUUCAGUUGUCGGAAGUAUGCCUAUUUUGCAGACAGGCAUCCCUCAGCUUGUGCAAGUGCAGCAGCAACCAGAAGUCCACCAGCAGCUUCCCACGUCAAAAUCCCUUCCGAAGGUUAUGAUUCCUUUGAGUAGUAUCCCAACGUACAAUGCAGCAAUGGACUCCAACAGUUUCCUGAAAAACUCUUUCAAUAAGUUCCCGUAUCCCACAAAAGCAGAACUUUGCUAUUUGACUGUUGUGACCAAGUUCCCAGAAGAACAGCUGAAGAUUUGGUUUACAGCCCAGAGAUUGAAACAGGGUAUCAGCUGGUCACCUGAGGAGAUAGAAGAUGCCCGGAAGAAAAUGUUUAACACUGUGAUUCAAUCUGUGCCCCAGCCCACCAUUACAGUAUUGAAUACACCUCUGGUUACAAGUCCUGGUAGUGUUCAUCAUCUCAUUCAAGCCAGUUUGCCAGGCCAUUCAGUUGGAAACCCUGAAGGAGCAAGUGGUGUGCUAGUCACCCAACCAGUAAUAACAAAUGGAAAUCAAGGGGCAGCCUCAUCUCUUGCAGUAGCAGUAACGUCCACUCCAAAAACUCAGAUGGCUAAGCCACCAACCACUGUAUCAGUUUCUAGUAUGGCAUCAACUGUGAAAGUGGUCAGUGCUGCUCAGACACAACUUACUGCUUGCCCAAACAUAACUUCACAGGCAUUCUUAGAUCCCAACAUAUACAAGAAUAAGAAGUCUUAUGAACAGUUGUCUGCACUAAAAAAUAGUUUCUGUAGGAAUCAGUUCCCUGGCCAUGCUGAAGUUGAACGGCUGACAAAAAUCACAGGUCUUACUACAAGGGAUGUGCGGAAAUGGUUUAGCGAUAAACGAUACCAUUGUAGAAAUGUAAGAAGUGGCAGGGCUAUGCAUGCUGCAGAAAGUGCAAUAAUCAUUGAUUCUGUGCCUGAAAUUACCUUCACCUCUUCUCCCAAAAUAACAACAGAGUUAACGUCCACAUCAGCAACAACACCAGUUGUUCAUACCCCAACCCGGCGGCAAUCCUGGCAUCAAACCCCGGAUUUCUCAGCCACGAAAUAUAAGGAGAGGGCUCCUGAACAGCUCAGAGCUUUGGAAGGCAGCUUUGCACAAAAUCCCUUUCCUCUUGAAGAAGAAGUGGAUCGUUUGAGGAGUGAAACCAAAAUGACAAGGAGAGAGAUUGAUGGAUGGUUUUCAGAGCGAAGGAAAAGGCAAGCAGCAAAAGAAGCAGAACAGGUAGUAGAUGAUGAUGGUGAAGAUGACUCGGUGGAAGAGGAAGACUCCUCGGAUGACUUGAGGGUUUCAAAUGAAAAUGGUUCCUUGGAUGCAGCCAACAGCUCUCAAGUGCCAGGUGAACGCAAAGUGACUCCUAUAAAAAUCAACCUUAAAAACUUUAAGGUGACUGAGUCGAAUGGUAAAAGUGAGUUGCAGGGCUUGAGUGCAGAUGUUCAAAGAAACAGUUCUCGUAACAGGGCAUCUGUGCCUCCUAAACCCAAGCUAAGCUUUAAAAAGACUGCUCAGCAGAAACAUUUGCUAAAACAACUCUUUGUGCAAACCCAGCGGCCUACGAAUGAAGAGUAUGAUCGAAUAUGUUCUCAGACAGGCCUUCCCAGGGCUGAGGUGAUUCGCUGGUUUGGGGAUAGUCGUUAUGGCUUGAAAAAUGGAAGUUUGAGAUGGUAUGAGAACUACAAGCGUGGUGUUUUUCCUAAAGGCCUAGUGACCUCUACUGAAGUCAGCAAUGACAUCCUUCUGGACUAUUUCCAGAAGAAUAAAGUGCUUUUUGAAGACGAUCUCCCAAGUUUGUGUGAGAGAACUCAAAUGACUAUUGCACAGAUCAGGCUGUGGUUUACUGAAAGGUUAGAUGAAGAAAAUAGAGCAAUAUCUGACACAGGUAGCGAAGAUCAGUCCUCAGGUGUUGGUGAGCCAGCCAGCAAUCAAAAAGGAACAUUUGACACUUUUUCUGAGGUUUCUGAGAACAGUGAAUCCUGGGAGCCUGGAGGUCAAGAUGGCAGCUCAGAGUUGGGAGAUACAGAUAGUCAUCCACCUGCAGUUCAUUUUGAGUAGCUGAGGUCAUGGUGACCUUUUGUGCAUGCAUGUGUUUUGAAUUCACUUUUGGACUUUCUGCUGGCUGAUUCUUCCAUAUGAUGAAAAACAGAUUGUGACACACAUGUAUGUUGCUUUCAGAAACGGACUGAACCAGCACUGCCUCCCUUGAAGGAUCUGUUCUUAACUUUGUGAAGACUCGGUAGCCAUGGAGCUUGGCCUGAAUCUCUGUGGAAGGUCCCGAGGAAACACUGCCAUAAACUUCUAUGAGCUUCUUUUUAUAAAGCACAUUGGGACAUAUUGGGGGGAAGGGCAGAGAACAGGCAAGAUGGAUUUGGGGGGGCAGUCAAGUUCUCUGCUUCAUCAAUGUAAUGGAGGGAACAGAGCGUGGCCUGAAAUUGACCAAGUUUCUUUUCUCCAGUAGACUGCAAUUUGUAAUUUUGUUUUCCACUGGGACAUUUCUUCCAAAUUUCAUAUUCUUAUAGACUCAACCUGCUAAAAUAUUACCAACCGGCUUUGUGGCAAGAUCAUGAAUUUGGGCAUUAUGUUAAAAAAUCUUGUUUCAUAGAAAUGAACUAUCAUUGGCAUAAUGCAUUUUAAAAUCUUUUCAGUGUUUGUUCUCAGAAGGAUUGAUUGCUGUACAUAUGCCCACUCACAUUUGUGUCUAGUUUUUCCUUUGUAUCCACUUGUCUGAGAGUUAAGUUCCAUCAUACUCUGUGUGACUUGCUUCUGAGGAAAUGUAGGUUUACUGUGUAGUUUACUGGACAGUGUGAGUUAUAGUGUAAGCAAUAGUUCUGAAUAACAAAUCACAGGAUCAUGCACAAGCUUUAAAAAAAAACUAGCUGUUCUCUCUUUGGCAUCAACUUUGAUGAGCAAAAUUGCACACACUCCAAUAACUAAUAGGGCAGAAAUCUGGGAAGAAUGUCAUUCUUAAUUCAUUGCAUUUAAUUGCAAUGGCACUGGAAGAAACUCCUACUACAUAAAUUAUUAUUCUCCUAGUCUACAAAUCAAUGCAUUGAUCAGUCCCAAUUCAGAAUGUUUUUUUAAAAUUGUUUAUAAGAAAGAAACAUUUUAUUUUUACUAAAAAAAAGUGUAACAGGAAAACAUAGUCUAUCAGGUUGUGAUGGCUAGGAAAGGAUAUGUUUGGCAGAUACCACAUCCUGCACUCACCCCAAAAUAUAGGCAGGUUUUAUGUUAGAUUGUGUACCUUGUUUCAUGGUAAUAUUUGCCCUUUUCCUCAGUUUUUCUUGCCUUUUAUGCGCUAGAGAGAGUAUUGCUACAUUACUGCUGCACACUUGCAGUAGUGAGCAUCUCCUCUAUGCCAGAGUCUUGGUUUCCUACAAGACCGUUUUUGAAGUCCUGGUCUUAGAAAAUGGAUGUAGUUUAUUUUAUUUUUAUUUUUUUAAGUGUGUAGAAAGUUUGAUGUAAUAUGCCAGAAUUGAUUUCUGGCAGAAAGAAGCAUUCAUUUAAAAGGGUCAGUUGUUAGUACUUAGCAACUGUUUUACUGGCUGGACUAAAGGAAAUCUAUUUUCCCUUAGAACCUGGAAUUGGCUCCCAGCUUUCAGCUGAAAGUUGACCCUCCAGUCGUUGGUGCAGAAAGCUCAGUUUCUCAAUGUAAAACUGAACUAAUCUCUCACACUCUACCCACAUCCUGCUAACUCUUGUUCUGUGGGGGUAGCGGUUCUCAAGAAAUAAUAUUUUGCUUCAAGCCAUCUGUUUCAGGACUGGGUGUUUUCCAUAAGCCUUCAGAAGCACAGGGUCUGAAUGUGUAUUGCCCAGAGUCCUGUUGGUGUUCUCACGGUCUGUACAACUUGCAUGGCUAAUUCACAAGGUGCUGGGGUACAUUGUGGUUAAAUGGCUAGCCUGCCUAAUUGCACAAACAAAAUAUGCCCUGGUGCCUUCUCAGUUACCCGCAAUGAGCUGUGUAAGCUAUGCAAACCAUACAAGAACACCUGUAGGAUUCCGGCCAUUAUGUCUCAUUCUGCCUCAAUCUGCCACGGAUCUUGUACAUUGAAGAAAAAGAUAAGAAUCUUAGGGUUCUUUCUGUCUCUUUCUGUAUGCAUUCUUAAUUUCUUCAUUUUGCACUGUUCCCUUAUAUUAAAUCCUUCUUUCCACCUGCUUCUAUCUUACCAUGAGAUGUUCGCAAAUGUAGCAACAGGGUUUUAAACACAGGACACACAGAUUUUAUCAAGCACCAAUCCAUAUGCUGAAAGGAAAAACACAUUUGAUGCUUGCAUCUAAUAUUUCCACUUUAAUUGCAAAGUGAAGCUUGUUCAUCUCUCCUCUAAUGUCAUACUCAGGAGCCAUCUCUGGCUAAGGCAAGGGAGGCCACCAAUGAAUGCUGCUUCUCCUUAGAGGAGGAAAACUUUUUUUAUAACUAAAACAUGCAAAAUCCAACUCUACCGGGAGAUAUUGUCCAAAAAAAUAGACAUUUCCAAUCUCUACUUAUGUUCAAGUGUUUACACUUGAGUGGGAAAGAAAGGUAAGGGGACCUGCACAGCUUUAAAUACCUGCAUCUCCUCUUUAGAGUGAGAUAAAAAUUAAAGGAAAAAAACCAACCAAACAACAACAAAAAACCCUGUCAUACUGAAGAAGCCUAAAACCAAAUAAUCACCUCAAUGACUUUUUCACAAAUGGUUGCCCUGAAAGGUUUCUCUCAGCAUUGCUGCUUAGAAACAGAGAACCAGGUAGUCUGGAUCCAGGCUAGUUUACAUUCUGUUAGAAAGGUUAGGCCCAGGGAUGGCUCAUGUUCAGAGGUUUGACUCCAACACUGAGGCUCAAAUUUACAGUAAUGCUUUCAGAGAACAAAUGCAGGUUAGUGACUUGAGGUACAGUCUUACCAGGAAUUUGUGGAACAUUUCCUUUAGAAGAUAUGGAAGCUAAGGUAGAGUUCCCACACAGGUGAGCAAGCUGUCAUUUCAGUGGGGCCUGGCACAAUUAGUGGGUAGACUAUACCUCUGACUGUGUCUCUACACAUGUGGAUUUGUUUUACAUGUAUACAUCUGCAGGGUGUAUACAUAAUUAUUUUAUUCAUACUGCCCGUAUUAAAAACUACAUUCAUAGGAAAAUUCAUUUAGUUUUUCAAGAAGGAUGUCUGUCUGUCUCUUUGUUUUGGGACACCGAAAAGUACUGACUGCAAUUUUGAGGUAGCUAUCAUGAUGCUUACUCAAGAAUAGCAGCAUUACUGACUGAAAUAUUAAAGUUGUACUUUUUAGCAUCUUUACUGAGAAAGUAAGACCCACUUACAAUACAGUAGCAUAUAAUUCAUGUGUUAGGAUCGAUAGCAGAUUUGUUGGAUUGGAAUCUUGGAGUUCAAAUGGUUUAUGGUGGGUCAGAUUAAGCCUUACUUGACCGACAGCCUGGAUUUGUGGCAUGGAGAGAUACAGCUUAAACAGACGAUGAUUUCACUUAAGUUAAAAGUAGGUGUUUAUUUUUUCUUAGGCAGCAUCAGUGUCCGAACAGCUUUGUUGUAUUUAACAAGCAAACAUCAGCACCAGUUCUGCUAUUGAAACAGUGUGAAUAGAGCCUGGAAGGUUUGGUUUUCUGGACUACAACUUCCAGAAUCUCCCAGAUUAGUUAAGGAAGACUCUAGCAGUCCUAGUCUAAUCCUUAACCCAUCCUAACUUUCCCAGACUCUGGCACAUACCAUGAAUUUGAGUGAUACAGCUUGCAGUGUAGUUGGGUACUUGUUAGCACUUUUGCUCCUUAUCCAUCUAUUUUGGGGAAUGUGGAUCUCUUUGGGAAACAUAUGCUGUGAUACAGCUUCCUGCUCCACUUCUAUGGAAGGGAACGUCUGCAUGUUUUGCAUACCCAUAGAAUUACACUUAUAAAUGGAGGUGAUUGGGAGCUCACAUGUCCAGAAAAUCUUUUUUACAUUGCAACGUGAUGUAUUUGGAGGCUUGGUGUUCUACCAACUUGCUGGUUUGCACCAGUGCAUACACUGUUUUAUGUUAUAUGCCCUAUUUAAAUGUGCGUGUGUGUGCGUGUGCGUCCAUGUGUGUAUGUGUUUACAUUAAUGAGGCUUGAAAUGAU